AUGGAUCAGAAGAGGUCAACUUUGAUGCUAUUGGCUUCAAUAAUUGUUCUCCACUGGAUGACUGUCUUUGCCAAGUCAGAUUCUUCGAACUCAACCCUCAACAUAAUCAAACGACAGCUGCCGCCUGAAACACGGGAAAAAACACAGAAGACCCUAAAUGUCGCAAAAGAUUCUCUCUCUCUUUUCAAAGAUGUCGUGAAUAUGAUGAACUCAGAGAAGUUGACCACUGUGAUGAAGGGUAUUUCCAGGUUUGCUAGUUUGGCUCCUGGUGUUGCAGCUACGGCCUUCUCUGUUGUCAACAUGGUCUUGGCUUUUAUCCCUCAGGACGACCCAGUGUUGAAUGAAGUAAAGAAAGGGUUUAAUGAGGUGAACCGGAAGCUGGACUCUCUCUCCGUCAAAAUCUCCAACCUAGCAACAGAUGUAGAAUGGUUCAACUAUGUGAGCGUCUACUCUAGAGAUGAAGCCACUAUUCUCAAUGCCUGGAAGAGGUUUAAUGACCUUCACCUUCACAGUAAUCUGGUGAAACGUGCAAAAGAUGGACUCACAUUGUCUGAGAAAUUCAUCAGAUACUAUGAAAACUCAGGAGUCGAGUCCAGCGUUUCCAAUUUCUAUCGGUACCUUACAGGAACCAGCAUUUCUCUGCAUGGGAACCUCAUCAAUCUGCUGAAGAAGAAGCUUAAAUGUGACAUUAAUAAGAUGGGCAGAUAUAACUCUUACCUCAGCAGUUUGCUGUGGAAGGGGAUGGUGCUCAACCAGUUCUACUGGAAAAUGGCUGGUGUUAACAUGAAAGGCAAAGAAGAUCAACCUGCACAGCUACUGAAGAAGGUUUCUGAAGCUCAGUUAGCAGAAGUGGAGUUCUGCCUUCAAAACUAUGAGGAUUACUUAAAGAAGGAUGUGGUUGAGAUUGUCAAAGAUCUAAGCCCAGACAACAAAAAGGCCAUUGCUGAUCAGGUGAAGGAAGCUCUGGACAACAAGUACAGCUGGUACUGCUGGGUGGUGUUGGUGAUAGGGAAGGAGAAGAAUCACCUACUUCAUACUGAGUUUACUUUCAACAUCAACGGUCUUCUUGUGGGUGUAGAUUACACUGUGAAGGCAAACAUGAUAAAUGUUAAACAAGUAAAAGACACAGCCAAGGAAUGUUUUGAAUACCAGGAUUGUAAUACUGUGAAAGAACCACAGAGUUGCAGUCGUCGAUGGUAUCCAAGGGAUCAUAGUGAUGAGAUUUUCAUUCCUUUUGAACACUAUGCCAAAGUUACACAGGUUACCUAUGGAGAUCAGUAUGUAGAGGUUCCAACACCUUUUCAACGAUUAAAGUGUAAAUGGUGGUGGUGGAAUGGCUUGGGUUGGUCCAAAUAUGACAGUUGGAUUUCUGUUCAUUACUCGAGAAAUGAAUCUGUCUGCAAAAGCCAUCAAUGUAAGAACAAUGGGACAUGCAGGAGGCUGCUUAGGUCCAACGAGUGGCUGUGUGACUGUCUGGACGGUUACUAUGGAGACACGUGUGAAAAGAAGUUGGACAUGACAGUGACAAAGGAGAUUGGGACUUUCACUAUACCGACACUAGUUGGUAUAGUGGCAGAGGAGCAGACGACGACAAAGCUCUAUAUACUUAUCAUUUGUGUUGUCAUUUGUUUGGUUGCUUUGGUGCUGAUAAUGUUUAGGAAACACUUUCCUUUAUGUUGUCGACAAAACUCCUGUUUGGAGUUAAAGCAGCUGGUGGACAUGUUUCAUAUGGGGGGUCUUUGCACUCUGCAGAGGUAG